AUGUCUUCGUCAGCCGCAACUCAACAGCUGGCCGUUUUGUCGCUAACCGAAGACGAACACGAAGAGGGCAAACCGCUUUCCGUCGACUACCUUCAAGGGCAUGAAGGUCUCAUCGAGGUACAAACGAGAUAUUCCCCGUCGCCUUCUGCCACACAUUCGAUAUUCAUUUUACCAUUUUCCUUCCACGCGUAUCACUUCUAAUUCGAUUCUUCUCUCCCCUCUCUCUCCCGUUCUCUACCGUUUCGUAAAAUUGAGUUGUUAACAAUUGUUAGACAUUUCCGCUGGAUAUGACGUCAAUUCGAGCACAAAGAAUGUGUACGGAACAGAGAACGAGUGUUGAAACACCGGCGAAUUGAAGAAUUUUUGCGGAAUUCACUUCUUUCUUUCAGGAAGUCCUAAAAUGGAGUGAGCACGAGCAGCUCGACUUCAUGGAUAAAAUUGUACAUCGAUUAUCACAUUAUCAACUCGGAAAAGUGGACACAUUCAUCAGACCAAUGCUGCAGAGGGACUUCAUCAGCCAUCUUCCCGGUAAGUAACCCAAAUUGUUCUUCCUUUAUAAUCGCUUCUUCUUGCAGCUCAUCUUGUCGAAUUGAUACUGUUCAACGUCAACGCAGACUCUCUGAAGGCGUGCGAAUCAGUGAGCAUCAGCUGGCGUUGUGCACUUGCUCGAGGACAACACUGGAAAAAAUUGAUAGAGAAGAACGUGCGAAGCGACUCUCUUUGGUGGGGGCUCUCCGAGAAACGACAGUGGUUAGUAAUUCUAUACUUAGAAUUCAUACAUUACAUACGAUUUGUGCUCUUCAGGGACAAGUUCCUAAACAUCAGCAGAGAAAUGUCGGUCCGUCGAAUUUGCGAGAAGUUCGGAUACGAUCCGAUGGCGAAGAGGGAGAAGCUCGAGCAGCUCAUUCUCAUGCACGUCUUCUACAGCAAGCUCUACCCGAAAAUUAUUCGUGAUAUCCAUAACAUUGACAAUAAUUGGAAACGUGGAAACUACAAGUUGACGCGCAUAAAUUGUCAGUCUGAAAACAGCAAAGGAGUUUACUGUUUGCAGUACGACGAUGACAAGAUUGUCAGUGGAUUGAGAGACAACACCAUCAAGGUAGGAACUAUAGAAAUAAAAAGCAAUAUCUCGAGAUUGUUUAGAUUUGGGACCGCAAAGACUACAGCUGUAGUCGAACACUCUCUGGACACACAGGAUCGGUUCUUUGUCUGCAAUAUGACAAUAAAGUGAUCAUCUCGGGCUCUUCUGACGCCACCGUCCGUGUUUGGGACGUUCAAACGGGAGAGUGCAUCAAGACGCUCAUCCAUCAUUGUGAAGCGGUGCUCCAUCUCCGAUUCGCCCACGGAAUCAUGGUGACGUGCUCGAAAGACAGGUCGAUUGCCGUUUGGGAUAUGGUUUCGCCGAGAGAAAUCUCUAUUCGUCGGGUGCUCGUCGGACACAGAGCCGCUGUGAACGUCGUCGAUUUCGAUGAUCGGUACAUAGUCAGUGCAAGCGGAGACAGGACCAUUAAGGUGAGGCAUUGCUCUUUUUCAGUCUUCAAUAGCGAGAACGAUCCCAUUCAGUACGUAACCGGAAUCUAAUUCUAGGUCUGGUCGAUGGACACUCUCGAGUUCGUCCGGACGCUCGCAGGCCACCGUCGCGGAAUAGCUUGCCUUCAAUACCGUGGUCGUCUUGUCGUUUCCGGCUCUUCCGACAACACUAUCCGUCUCUGGGACAUCCACUCCGGCGUCUGUCUCCGUGUGCUCGAAGGACACGAAGAACUCGUUCGCUGCAUUCGAUUUGACGAGAAACGAAUAGUUUCUGGAGCUUACGACGGCAAAAUCAAGGUGUGGGAUCUGCAGGCGGCACUCGAUCCGCGAGCGAUGCCCUCCGAAAUCUGUCUGUGCUCUCUCGUACAGCACACGGGACGAGUGUUCCGUCUGCAGUUUGAUGACUUCCAAAUUGUAUCCUCGUCUCACGAUGACACCAUUCUCAUCUGGGACUUUUUGGACGCGCCGCCCGGAGGAGCUCCACCGGCACCCGUCAGAGUGAGUGCAACAUGUGGGAAACAUCUGGAGAAAAGAAAGAAAAGGGCGAUUGAUAGUGUGUAGUGACUGAGUGAAAUUGACUGCUGCACACAAAAAGAAGCCGCUCGUUCGUACAUCUAUAGUGAAGUGAAAAACCGCAUGCCCUUGCCUUUCCUCCAGGAAUUCCCGAAGUCUGCCCGCAAGUUCAUCCACACAUCCGGAUUUUUACAGGCUCUCAUUCCGGAGCUGCCCAAUCAGGCGGCGAUUGCUCGCGCUCAGAUGCUCUUCGAAAUGGCGGCUCGCCGAGAAAUCGAACGACAGAAUCGGGAAGCGGCAGAUGAGCCAGACCGGAAUGCGUUGCUUCGUGCGAACCCGAGACGUCACGGAGCGAACAAUGUCGAUCAGAACAACGCGCUUGUUGCAGGAAUGAUUGCAGCCGGAGCAGCUGGGGACAACGAGGGAUCUUCGUCGGAAGAUGAGCUCGAGAGGGGGGAUGGACUGCCGGGACCCGCGCCACCCGCAAAUCAACGGCCACGUAGGAGACAACCACGACCCGAAAUGGCCGUCAGAGUCAUGGUACGCACUUUUGACAUUUGAAUGCUCACUGUGUGGUGUUGGUCACACUCACUGCUCUCUGCAAAACAAAUUGGGGGCUGAACACUCCCGUCGUGACUCUCAAUUCGGUUAAUUUCAGCAACAAAUGGCAGCCGCUCACAACAUGGGACGACCGAUGAUGGCCGUGGACCCCAAUCUUGGAGCGAUCGACGUCGACGAGGAAAUGCCGGAUGGUCCGCCAUAG